AUCUGUUGUACCGUCGACAUUCUCCAUCAUCACUCCCAACAUUCGAUUUCCACCACAGUCGAUCCUACAGUCGAUCCAAAUAACAUUAUAGUGAACGUCCACCGACAACCAACCAACAUCAUCAGAUGUCAUCGCACCAGAAUGGCACGAACGGACUCGACGUUGGAACGGGAGAAUCAUCCGAAUCAGCUCCGUUGAUUGUCGUUUCCAAUCGGCUCCCAUUUGUCCUUACACGUGACAAAAUUGGAAAAUUACGGCGAUCACACAGUGCGGGUGGGUUAGUGACAGCAUUGGGUCCGGUAGUGAUGAAGUGUGGAGGGUUGUGGAUAGGCUGGCCAGGAUCGCAUGACAUGCGACCGCUGGAUGAAAUACCUGAGCCGGACACUCCGAAUAGUGGGCUAAAAUCACAGCAGGUGAAGGCAGUCCUAGUCCGUCAAGAAUUGUUCGACUCAUUCUAUAACGGCUGCUGCAACGGAACCUUUUGGCCGCUAUUCCAUUCGAUGCCUGAUCGGGCCAUCUUUAGCUCCGACACUUGGAAAGCUUAUCAAGAGGUCAACGAAGAAUUUGCACUCAAGACUAUCGACGCCUUGCGACAAGUUCACAGCCGUUUGUUAAAAGAAUACCACAACAAUGAGGAUGCCAUGCCUAUCCCAGUUGUCUGGAUUCACGAUUAUCAACUUAUGCUGGCCGCUGCCAUGAUUCGCCAGGUGGCCAUUGAAGAGAACCUCACUUGCAAACUUGGCUUCUUCCUCCACAUUCCAUUUCCAUCGUGGGACAUAAUGAGACUCUUCCCUUGGGACGACCAGAUUUUGGAAGGCAUUCUAGCUUGUGACAUGGUUGGCUUCCACAUCGAUGACUACUGCACCAAUUUCAUCGAAUGUUGUCAACGCCGUUUGGGAUGUCGGGUCGAUCACGCCAAUGGCAACGUGGAAUACGACAAUCGCACCGUUCACGUUCGGCCUCUUCCUAUUGGAAUUCCUUUCAAUCAUUUCCAGCAGCUGGCCUUUAAAGCACCUCGAGUGAUGAAAGACGAACGAGUCGUGUUGGGAGUGGAUCGACUCGACUACACAAAAGGAUUGGUCCAACGCAUCAAAGCGUUCGAAAGGCUGCUGGAGCGUCACCCGGAGCAUUUGGAACGUGUCGUUCUGAUGCAAAUCGCCGUCCCGUCGCGCACGGACGUCAGGGAGUACAAAGCACUGAAAGAGGAGAUUGAUCAAUUGGUUGGCCGCAUUAAUGGCCGUUUCUCCACCGCUGACUGGUCACCCAUUCGAUACAUUUACGGCUGCAUCUCGCAGGACAACUUGGCCGCUUUUUAUCGCGAUUCGGCCGUUGCGUUGGUCACGCCGUUACGCGACGGAAUGAAUUUGGUGGCUAAAGAGUUUGUCGCCUGCCAAAUUAACGAGACGGGUGUGUUGAUCCUCUCGCCUUUCGCUGGAGCCGGUGGCACCAUGCGUGAAGCUCUGCUUGUCAAUCCCUACGAGGUGGAUAUGGUGUCGGAAAUGAUCCACAAGGCCUUGAUUAUGGACGUAGAUGAACGGCAGCGUCGAAUGAAACUUUUGCGUUCACGCGAAUCCUCCAUGGAUGUCGACUACUGGAUGGCGAGCUUCUUGAAAGAAAUGCAGCUAGUCGAGUGCGCCAUUACUGGACCUCCUUCGUCGAUCCCCGUCGACUACGGCUACCAAUCUUAUCUGACAGAAUACAUCGAAGAUUCCACUAAACUCAAUCUCCUUUUGGACUAUGACGGAACAUUAGCACCAAUUGUUAGUCAUCCGGAUCUGGCUUUAAUGUCGACCGAGACCCGACGCGUUUUGACUCACCUUUCACAAAUGCCAUCCGUUUCCGUCUGCGUCAUGUCAGGGCGAUCGCUCGACAAUCUCCGCAAAAUGGUGGCAAUCGAUGGAAUCACCUAUGCAGGCUCCCAAGGAUUGGAAAUCCUUCAUCCUGAUGGAUCGCGCUUCAUCCAUCCAGUUCCCACGGACCAUCAAAUCCGAUUGCAAAAUCUGCUUCCGGCCCUAGAGAUGGAAGUCUGCACUAAUGGAGCCUGGGUGGAAAACAAGGGCGCCCUGUUAACAUACCAUUAUCGAGCGGUGUCGUCUCCCGAGCGCCGCGACUCGCUGGUGCAGAGGGCCGUCCAGUUAUUCCGCGAGCAUGGAUUCUAUCCGCAUCACACGCAGAUGGCCAUUGAAGCUCGUCCUCCCGUUCCGUGGGACAAAGGCCGGGCUUCUCUCUACAUUAUGCGAACCACGUACGGCGUCGACUGGCCACAACGGGUCGGUGGGCCGGAACGAGUUCGAAUUCUCUACGCUGGCGACGACGACACCGACGAAGAAGUCAUGGAGGCCUUGAGUGGCCUCGCCUGUACUUUCCGCGUGUCCAGGGUGCCCGUUUACAAGUCGGCAGCCAAUUACCGACUGACCGAUCCUGAAGCCGUCCAGUCGUUGCUUCACUGGAUCGAAGAUAAGCUCGACCAGCGAGCAGUGGUUCCAUCUCCUUUGGUGGGAUUCACUGCCAGCUUUCUCAUCACCUGCAUUCACGAAUCGGAAAAUGCCUCCUCUGACGAGGAGCAAACGGAUCUCGUCGAGACGACCCUCGUGAGCAAGCGGCGGCGGCGCAAUUCCAGAAAUUCGAAUUUUGUUUUGAGCAAAGCCGCCGCUGCUGGAUUACUUCGCAGCAGUAACAAUUUCAAAGCUGCCUUGUGUCACCAUUCUCAGGACUCCAUCACUGUAAUCGGACAUUAGACUUGCGAGAUUGUAUCCCCUCCUUCCCCCCCUUUUUCUUAAUACGUCGUUGACAACUGAACAUCCAUUUCAAUUUAAGCCCAGUGUCAAACAUUUUGGAAACUUCAUUGUAGUUAAACUAGUGCCAUCACCGUGGAAAA